AUGUCUGCCCACAAGCGAUUAAUCAUUGCAUGUGACGGGACCUGGCUAAACAGCAAUGAUGGCAUUGACCGUAGCGGAAAGCUAGUCACUCCAUCCAACAUUACUCGCAUAUGCCGGGCGCUGUUGCCAGAGUCGAGCGCUGGUAUCCAGCAGAUUGUGUAUUAUCAAUCUGGUCUGGGCAGUGCAGGCAGUAUAUGGAGCUUCCUGGGUGGGUUUGUGGGGGCUGGUAUUGGUGAGAACAUCAGGGAAGCUUAUGCUUUCCUGUGCAAUAAUUAUGAUGAGGGUGACGAAAUCUUCCUGAUCGGCUUCUCUCGAGGAGCUUUCAUCGCCCGCAGCAUAGCGGGGCUGAUCUCCAGCGUUGGCAUCUUGACGAAGCAAGGGCUUGGCGCGUUCUACCCCAUAUUCAAGGACUGGGAAAGCCAAAACGUACCUGGGUAUAAUCGAACACUCGAGACACGUUCAUGGCCUCUCCAAAACCGUCCGCCCUUCAAGGAAGGAGACGAUGCGUACCGGGCAAAACUCGUGGAAUCCAAGCUGACACGCCCCGAUAUACCACCCAUAAAAGCUGUCGGCGUGUUUGACACAGCUGGCUCACUCGGCGUGCCGACCAUUAAGAUCUUGGGAUUUCCAAUCCACACGCAUUCGACGCGGGAGUACGCCUUCACCAAUACCGAAGUGCCACGAAACGUUGAGCACGCUUAUCAAGCGCUAGCAAUCGACGAGCGACGAACGCCCUUCGCACCACCCGUCUGGGAGAAACCCGCGGACGGCUCUGGCGCUAUCCUGCAAGAACUCAAACAGACUUGGUUUCCGGGCGUGCACAAGGGAGUUGGCGGUGGCUAUCCUGACACUUCCUCGGCCGAUAUCACGCUUGCAUGGAUGAUCACACAGCUGUCACCAUUCCUCGACUUUGACAUUUCGUACAUUGCGCGCCAGCGGGAGCAGAACGUUCAAUUCUAUGAGGUAAGCAGUCCGCCGAAUCCGGUGUACUCGUGGGGCCUGGGCUUGUUGGCGCCUUCCGAUCUGGGCUGGGAUGUGCCCAUUACGGGCCGUACGGUUCGCACCCCCGGUGAGUAUCAUGCUACGGACGCGAAUACCGGAGUCAUACUGCCUCGGCGCCUGGUCAAGACUUGCGAGUUCAUCCACCCAUCCGUGCGAUACAGGAUUGAGCAGAAAGGUGCGGCCGUGGCGAGCCGUGCGGAUGAUUACGCAAAUAUGGGUAGAACACCAUAUUACCCUGAAGCGUUGAAGGAUUUUGUGCUCGUCAAAGGUCUUGAAGCGGAUGACUUUGGUGGAAAACAGUGGCAGGGACGUAAUAAGUGGGUUGUGGAAAGGCCGGCUGCAGAAGUGGUGUACAUCGUCGAGGACGAGAUCAAGCCAGGUACAGCAGAGAUGCAGCUCUUGAGGGGGUGGGCAGGCGUCGAGGCGCAGUUAAAUUCUCACUGA